GCGAGCAGCCGGCGGCGGGGCCGGCCGGUUCCGUGCUGGCACGCCCACCGCGGCGGUGGCGGCGGCAGCAGCAGCAGUAGCGGAGGGCGGCGAGCUCGGUCUCCCGGUGGGGUAGCUCCCAUCCUCUUCCCCUCCCUCCCCGCAGCCCGGGGCGGCGCGGCCGUAGCGGGCGGGGCUGUGGGCGCCCGUCCCCGCACCUGCCCGGCCGCCGGGCCCUCAGCCGCUGCCGCGGACAACAGCCCCGCGCGGCCCGCACUGCCCGAGGGGAGCCCCUUCCCCUCAGCCGCGCGCCCCGAGCCGGGAUGUUCUCCAGGAAGGGCCACGCCGAUGUCAGGAAAUCCACCCAGAAGGCGCUGGACCCCAAGCGGGACGUGCUUACCCGCUUCAAGCACCUCCGGGCGCUGCUGGAUAUUGUGGAUGGAAGUGAGCUGAAACAACUUUUCGAGAACCAUUAUUCUCAAAUUUAUUUUAUAUUCUAUGAAAACUUCAUAACACUGGAAAAUAGCUUGAAACAAAAAGGGAAUAAAUCGCAAAGGGAGGAGCUGGACUCCAUUCUCUUUAUUUUUGAAAAAAUAUUGCAGCUACUACCCGAGAGGAUUUUUUAUCGAUGGCAUUUUCGCAGUAUAGGGUCGAUUCUGAAGAAACUUUUGCACACUGGAAAUUCUCUCAAGAUAAGAUGUGAAGGAAUCCGCCUGUUUCUUCUCUGGCUUCAAGCGCUUCAGACUAACUCUGCGGAAGAGCAGAUAUUAAUAUUUGCAUGCCUUGUGCCUGGCUUUCCGCCCAUUAUGUCCUCACGAGGUCCCUGUACACUAGAUAACCUCAUUAGUCCUUCUAAUUCGCCAGACGCUAAGAUUUUUCCAGAAGAAAUAACCCCACUUCUGCCAGCUGUCUCUGGAGAGAAAAUUGCUGAAGACCAAACCUGCUAUUUUCUUCAGCUACUGUUAAAAUAUAUGGUAAUUCAGGCUGCAAGCUUAGAGUGGAAGAAUAAGGAGAACCAAGACACUGGGUUUAAGUUUCUCUUUACCUUGUUUAGAAAAUACUAUCUUCCUCACUUGUUUCCAUCUUUUACAAAGCUAACCAACCUCUACAAACCUGUUCUUGAUAUUCCUGAUAUAAGACCAAGACCAGUAUACAUUACUGCAACACGAAACAAUGAAAAUGUCUAUAGCACAAAAAUCCCAUAUAUGGCAGCUCGAGUUGUUUUUAUUAAGUGGCUUGUUACCUUCUUUCUUGAAAAGAAAUACUUAACUGCUGUUCAGAAUACAAAAAAUGGAGGAGAAAUGCUCCCUAAAAUUAUUCAGACUGUCGGUGUUGUAAACCAAGAUAAAAACGCAGAGCUGGAAACCAGUAUGUCUUACGCAAGCGAGCAGGAGAGAAGUCAUUCUAACAGCAGCACCUUGUCUGACAGAAGGCUCAGCAAUUCCAGCCUCUGCAGCAUCGAGGAGCAGCAUCGGACCGUCUAUGAGAUGGUGCAGAGAAUCCUCUUAUCCACUCGAGGAUAUGUUAACUUUGUUAACGAGGUGUUUCGACAAGCUUUUUUAUUGCCGCCUUCUGAUAUAUCUGCAACACGGAAAGUGGUUAAGGUGUAUCGAAAGUGGAUAUUGCAAGAGAAACCUGUGUUCAUGGAGGAGCCAGACAAAAGGGAAGAUGGUCAGGAUGCUGUUGUCAGCUUAGAGGAUUCGUCAGUGCAGACGGACAGUAAACAUCUUUCCUCUGACCAUUCAGGCCAUAAGCGCUCAUCCAGCUGGGGAAGAACGUACUCCUUUACCAGCGCUGUCAACAGAGGAUGUAUAUUGGAAGAAGAGGACAAAAAUGUUAAAGCUGGUGCUCAAGCUGCGUUACAGGUUUUCUUGACAAACUCUGCGAAUGUUUUCUUAUUGGAACCAUGCAUUGAAGUCCCUGCGCUUCUGAAGGAGCAAGUUGAUGCUUGCAAAGCAGUUCUGAGUAUCUUUAGGCGCAUGAUAAUGGAACUAUCAAUGAACAGAAAGACGUGGGAACAGAUGUUACAGAUACUCCUUAGAAUAACAGAAGCUGUGAUGCAGAAGCCGAAAGAAAACCAAAUGAAGGAUACAUUUGCUCAAAGCAUGUCAGGAUUACUUUUCAGGACCCUCAUUGUGGCUUGGAUCAGAGCAAACCUGAGCGUUUACAUUUCUCGGGAGCUGUGGGAUGAGCUGCUCAGUGUUCUGUCCGCCCUGACGGACUGGGAGGAGCUCAUCAACGAGUGGGCCAAUAUCAUGGACUCUCUAACAGCAGUGCUAGCAAGAACCGUGUAUGGAGUGGAGAUGACAAACUUACCCUUGGAUAAGCUCAGUGAACAGAAAGAGAAAAAGCAGAGAGGAAAAGGUGGCAUUUUAGAGCCUCAGAAGACAGCUGUAGUGGGAAGAUCUUUUUCGUUGAGCUGGAAAAGUCAUCCUGAAGUUGUGGAGCCAAUGAGAUUCAGAAGUGCUACGACCUCUGGAGCCCCAGGAGUUGAGAAAGCAAGAAAUAUUGUUCGUCAAAGAGCAACAGCUAAGCGAAGCCAGUCUAUCAGCAACUGUGUUCAUCUUUAUGAGGCUUUGCCAGCCACUAAAAGUGUACCUCUUCUGCUUCACACUGUGAGCUCUCUCUUACCUGGUAUCUCUUACACUUCUUGCUCUCACAGACUGUCAGAAGUUGAAGAAUCUCAACAGCUGGAAAAUGCAACAGGAACAGAAGCCACAGGCCUAUUUGCAGACCAAGAGCAGCAGCUAACUCGAAGUAGCAGCACUUCAGAUAUUACAGAUCAGUUUCCAUCUGAUUUUUUUCAAGGGAAAAAGGCUGGGAGUUCUCAUAAUCUAACUUCUUCAGACUCCAAAUCAGUUCAGGAAAAUAAGGGCUAUACAAAGAAGGAAUACGAAGCUGAGCAAAUACUAGUACGAAGAAGCAGUAGUACAGCUGAAUUAGAUUUGAAAGCAGACUUGCAGCAGUCACAUGGAAAUUACAGAGAGAGAGAAAAAAGUGAAAGCGUUAGCAGCGACACAUCCAUUGGCUAUAAUAAUGAAGUUGAGAUCGCGCUCGUCCCCUGGCAAGCUUCUGAAGACGACCAUGAAGUUAAUGUGCCAGCAGAUGUUUGUGUGGAUCCUGAGACACCUCGCUGGCUUCAGCUUAGUCCUUCAGAUACUGCAAAUUUAACAGACAGUAGUGAAUUCCUUGCUGAUGACUGCAGUAUAAUUGCUGGUGGAAGCCUUAUUGGCUGGCAUCCUGAUUCUGCUGCUGUGUUAUGGAGGAGGAUCUUGGGAAUUCUUGGAGAUGUGAACAAUAUACAGUCACCUAGAAUCCAUGCAAAAGUUUUUGGGUAUCUUUAUGAGCUGUGGUAUAAACUUGCAAAGAUACGAGACAACCUUGCUAUAAGUGUGGACAAUCAAUCUACUCCCUCUCCUCCAGUCUUAAUUCCUCCUCUCAGAAUAUUUGCGUCAUGGUUGUUCAAGGCGACCACCCUGCCAAAUGAAUAUAAGGAAGGCAAACUUCAGGCAUACAGGCUGAUCUGCGCUAUGAUGACUAGGCGUCAAGAUGUUCUGCCAAAUUCGGAUUUCCUGGUUCAUUUUUAUUUUGUGAUGCACCUUGGCCUAACGAGUGAAGACCAGGAUAUCUUAAAUACCAUCAUAAAGCACUGCCCACCUUGGUUUUUCUUCCUGGGCUUACCUGGCUUUACGAUGCUGAUAGGAGACUUCAUUACCGCGGCGGCCCGGGUUCUGAGCACAGACACGCUGGAGGCUCCCCGGUCAGAAGCUCACACCAUCCUUGGUUCUCUUGUUUGCUUUCCAAACAUCUACCAAGAAAUCCCGUUCUUGCGGCCCGCUUCGGAAGCCGGUGAUAUCAUUGCGGGAACAGUGGACGUGAAGUGCUACCUCAUAAAUAUUUUAUUGAAGAACGCUACAGAGGAGCCAAAUGAAGCUGCAAGGUGCAUUGCCAUUUGUGGCCUUGGAGUCUGGAUCUGUGAAGAACUAACGCAGUGCACAAACCAUCCCCAAGUGAAGGAAGCGAUCAAUGUCAUAGGUGUGACGCUGAAGUUUUCCAAUAAACUAGUCGCUCAAGUAGCCUGCGAUGUUCUUCAGCUGCUGGUUUCUUAUUGGCAAAAGCUUCAGAAGUACGAAGCCUCUCUGUCCAGAAAAAUUACUGAAAUCCUUGUGGCCACUAUUGCAUUUCUUUUGCCGAGUGCAGAAUACUCCUCUGUGGAAGCAGAUAAAAAGUUUAUAGUUUCACUGCUGCUUUGCUUGUUGGAUUGGUGUAUGGCACUGCCCAUGAAAAUGCUACUGGAGCCGGUGUCUGCUGGUCUUCUUGAAGAUCAACAUGCAUCCAAAGCUCCGUUACUGGACUAUAUUUACAGAGUUCUGCACUGCUGUGUGAAUGGCUCCAGCACGUACACUCAGCAAAGCCAUUACGUGCUGAGUCUGGCGGAUCUCUCGUCCAGUGAUUACGACCCAUUUUUGCCCUUGGGGAAUGUCAAGAGCUCUGAGCCAGCCCAGUGCCACUCCUCCACAGAUUUGGGCAACCUGCUCACCGUUGCCGAGGAAAAAAGGAGGAGGAACUUAGAAUUGAUACCUUUAACGGCGCGGAUGGUUAUGACUCACCUGGUGAAUCACCUGAGCCACUACCCGCUCAGCGGAGGCCCUGCCAUUCUCCACAGUCUCCUUAGUGAGAACCACGACAACUCCUAUGUGGAGUCCUCUGAGCUGUCCUCGGAAGUCUUCCGGAGCCCCAACCUGCAGCUCUUUGUGUUUAAUGACAGCACUCUUAUAUCUUACCUCCAAAUCCCCGCAGAGAAGGCGACAGACACUGAACCAGCAGCAGCCCCCUCAGACGUCAGGGUAAUUGUCAGAGAUAUCUCGGGCAAGUACUCUUGGGAUGGCAGAAUAUUGUAUGGACCUUUGGAGGGCUGCCUUCCGCAGCAGGGCGCAACAAGCGCGUUUGUGAUCUCAGGCAACCCUGAGCACCACUGCAUUUCCCAGAAAGACGUUUCUCAGGUGGAAGAAGGAGAAGACGCUCUCGACCAGUUGCUGGAGAAGAUUGGUAACUCCAGUCCCGAAUGCCUUUUACAUCCCCAGCGAAAGCUGAACGAGCCAUCGCCGCCACCCUUUGGUAUGAGCUACGACCAGGAGAACGCGAUCACAGAAGCCCUGAUGAGGCAGAGCACCCAGGAAAGAGAGUAUAUAUUUAAAUACAGCUCGGACUUCAGUAUGAAGGUGGCCCGUCAGGAGGAACCGCGUCCUGCUGAACCUCAAGCAUCCUUUUACUUCUGUCGGCUGUUGCUGAAUGACUUGGGAAUGAACUCCUGGGAUAGAAGAAAAAGCUUUCAUCUUCUUAAGAAAAAUUCAAAAUUACUGAGAGAACUGAAAAAUCUGGAUUCCCGCCAAUGCCGCGAAACUCACAAGAUUGCAGUGUUUUACAUUGCAGAAGGGCAGGAGGACAAAUGCUCGAUUCUAUCCAACGCAAGGGGAAGCCAGGCAUAUGAAGAUUUUGUGGCUGGGCUGGGCUGGGAGGUUGAUCUUUCAACACACGGUGGGUUUAUGGGUGGCCUGCAGCGCAACGGCAGCACAGGACAAACGGCACCCUAUUAUGCUACCUCUACCGUGGAAAUAAUUUUUCACGUGUCUACAAGAAUGCCGUCAGAUUCAGACGAUUCACUGACCAAAAAGCUUCGUCACUUGGGAAAUGAUGAGGUUCACAUCGUCUGGUCUGAACACACCAGGAACUACCGCAGGGGCAUUAUACCAACAGAUUUCGGAGAUGUUUUAAUUGUUAUUUAUCCAAUGAAGAAUCACAUGUUUUUCAUUGAGAUAAUGAAGAAACCGGAGGUGCCAUUUUUCGGUCCUCUCUUCGACGGAGCAAUCGUGACUGCGAAGCUGCUGCCAAGCCUCAUAUGUGCCACGUGCAUCAAUGCCAGCAGAGCCGUCAAGUCGCUCAUCCCGCUCUACCAGAGCUUUUACGAGGAAAGAGCUCUGUACCUCGAAGCAAUAAUCCAGAACCAUAAAGAAGUAAUGACAUUUGAGGAUUUUGCCGCUCAGGUCUUUUCUCCCUCUCCCAGCUACUCCCUCGGUGGAACUGAUUAGAAUAUGUAAUGGUCUCGUUACGGCAAUUGCCGCAGUCAAUUGUCUUGAAGUAUAAAUCUGGUAAGUAAAGAGUGUCUUUGAAAUGCAAACCGGCUGAGGGAUUGGGUUUAGCUGCCGCCCGACCUCGGCAUUGUUCUGUUCACCGCGUCAGUGCAAUAGCCAGAGUUAGCUAACGCACGAGGACAAAGUUUUAAACCUCGUGGUGAGGAAAAGAACGCAAUGCUGCCUCUGCCCCACAAACGCCAUGGAGUUUCCAAGCAGUGUUCCCAAGAAGUAACGGGACCGGUGCAAGCUGCUAAAAUGCGCAGCGUGGGGCUGCUGCGGGUCCCCGUGAUGGGGUGAGGUAGGUUGUAGGGUUUAAAAUACCCCGAACCGCUCCAGCCCCGUGUUGGGAACGCAGCCGAGCCAGCUCGGGUCUUCGUCCUUAGAAGGUGGAUCCAGCCCCGGGCGCUUUAGUGCCUGCAGAGCGCUGGGCCGGGACCUUGCCCGCCGGUGCCCUGUCCGCCUCGGAAGCCGUGACCGAUUUCCCAGCACGUUUGAGAAGGACGAGGCUCGCCCUGGUCGCGAGCGAGGUUGUCCCUGCUCACCACAGCCUGACGGGCAGCUUCAGCCAAGGCACCGGCUGCCUUUUGGUGCAUUUUCUGCACAUUUAAGAGUCACCCGGGCCAAUAAAGUUGAAGGGAGCGUUGAAAGAUAUCCCUGUAAUCGCCAGUUGCAUAAACCAGCAGCAAAUAAAGGUGCAGCCUGAAAAUACAGCUUAUUGCUGAAUUGGAAAUUGGUUUGCGCUGCAAAACACAACCAGUCUGGAGUUCAGAGGUGGCCACGCAGCUGCCGAGACUGGCCCCGACCUUCCGUGUGGGCUCAGAGCUUCCUCCGUUCUCCCCGCGAGGCUGUUCCUCCGUCCCACCCCCCCCCCAUAAAAACCUUUGUGUCAGGGCUCAGAGAGAGAAUCGUAACAUGGUUUAAAAAUACCGUACCCCAGGGGAGCUGAUGAAAUGACAGUCGCGCCGGGAAACGCCUCGGGACAGGCCAGAACCCCAGCAGCAAGAGCAGGGCUGGGUUGCAGCAUGCGCGUUCGUAUUCCUCGGGGCACCAUUACAGCCGCGCAGGGCAGAGGCGGGAGCCGCGCACGCACCCCGGUUUAUUCAUUUGUUUCUGAGUUUAACGGCUGUAUCCUCACCUGUCCUCAUUCAGCCAGCCUCCUUACUCCCGGCCUCUAGUCGUAAUCGCCUGUGGGGAAUAACUGAGAGGCAACUUAAUGUCGUUGAACAACAAAGCGUAAACACGAGUAGACGCCGCUGGAGCCAUCCGGGUCCCCAGCCCACAAAAAAAAACUUCAGCGGUGGCCGGGAGUGCACUGGGCGCGAUGGGCACUGAAGAGUUCUGUUAAGUAGUGGAACUAAUUAGAAGAAAUUGGGAUUCUUUGGGGUUUUAUUGGAGGCUAAGACACCUUCCAGGUGAAUUUCAUGAAAGCGUUCACGCUAUGGAAGCUCGUUUCCAGCACUCGGUAGUAGGUUAAAUACAAAAGAGCUGUUCAGUGACACACAGCAAAAAUGGGAACUUUACAUAGCGCACCCCUGAAAGAACCAUUUUUUGGGCUCCGUUAUGUGGAUUUUGUUGAUGCUUUGAAGGGUGCGUCCACACCUGGCCCAAAAGUGGCUGCUGCCGGGGGCUCACGUGCUCGCCUGAGCGCUGCUGCCGCUUGCCCGGCCGCUCCUCGCUUUCUCUGGAAGCUGGCAAAGACAAAUUCCUUAUUUCUGCAGGAGAGCACGGUGGGGCGGUUCCUCAGCUGCCCAGGCCAAAGUUCUACUAUAAACGUCAAGCUCACGCGAGUGAUACCCAAGAUUAAUUUGCAAGAAGAGGUGGGGGGGGGGGGCCUGCGUUUUGCCGAGCAGUUAUUCUGAUGCAAAGACAGGCGGGUUGUUUCUUUCCUGAGGUCAUUUUUUUUAUCUGCCCGUUCUGUUUUCCAGGCUGCCUCACCACCAGCGCAAGCGCCGACCUUACCGUCACCAUAGGCAUAGAGCUGGCCGACCAGACCUCGCCCACGUUACCACGUGCCUCGAAGAGCAGAGUCUCCGGGAAGCUUCGCCGCUCCGCCAGCGCCCUCAGCAAGUCUUCCAACUGAGGUGCUGCGGGAGCAGAACUCCGGCCGAGGGAACCCAGGAGACCUUCCAACAGAUAAAUUAUUUACUGCGCCUAUAGAACUUGCUGCUUGGGAUGAGCGUGUGUCGGAGGGGGCGGGCGAGGGGUUGGCUCUGUAAAACUGCAGUUCCCACGUAUUCAGACAGACACGAGUGAUGAUCGGACAUCACCUGCGUUGUCAUCGUGCAUGUCACUGGAUCGUUGCCAUCACAGAGAACGAAGGCGAUGGCAGCUCCCACCACUGGCGUGGCGGCACGCUCUUCUCCCCGAGCACCGGUGCACAAGUACCGCUGUCACGGCAAGCGGACAGGAACCAGGACUGAAACCGGUUAUUUCCUGUAACUUUAGAGCACUGCUUUUAGUCAGUCCGGUCAACGCUCAGUUCUGUAUCAGGGAAUUUUGGCCAAAUAGAGGUUUUCACCUGACUAGCCACCUAAGAACCGCUCCCCUCCUCUGGAGUGUGGGUGAACGACAGAGGUGCUUUCCAGUCUGCGUUCAGCCUCUGCUCCCCUGCUCCUGCCUGGCCCAUCCCGCACCAGUUCUGUGCACGUAGCUGAGAAUUAGUAAUUGUCAAAGAGGUCAUUUACCUGGAAUUCAGGAGGAACCCGCACCAGCUGGGUUCAGCCACUCACCUUCACGUCGCUGCGUUUCUUGUAGACAGAAGCCCUCUUCCUCAGCAGCACCUCUGGCCUUGGGAUCGCUGCGUUGUUUGCAGCAGCGCACGUGAUGGCGGUGUACUGGGAACCACUCACUAGACAAAUAAAAAUAAUCACAGGUUUUGAAGAGCAAAUGCCACACAUUUGCCACCACUCCUUCUCACCGCGGUUUGAAUAAUUAGUGCGCCUCUUUUAGGUAACCUCCUCCCCUGUCACAUCGUCAGAGCAAUAGCCUACAACCUGAAGCAUCUCUAGUCAGAAUAAAAUUAACUGGCACUUUGUGUAGUAAGCAAAUCCUGUCGUUUCAAUAGGAAAUGUCUUUCAUCUACGUGUAUCAUAGGUUUCUAGGGCUGAUAAUUUUUAUAGCUAAAAACCCCUGCCUUGUAAAAACAGAAUAAAUCGGAGAGACGUCCUGCAACCACUCGGGGUGAACGGGGGUGGCCAGAGCGAAGGCAGAAAACCCUCGACGCCGGGGCAGCACCGCGUUCCCCCGGGGCGACACCACGCGCCCCUGGGCGUCCCUGGCCCUCCUGCCGCGCGGGGGGCGAGACGAGGCGGCUGUAAAGCAAAUAGCAUCGGGUUAUUUGGUUUGGUCACGCUGUGAACACCAGCGUCCGCCCGUUCUCAAGUGUUGUGUCAGACCCCUCUGGCCUUCCUGACCCCCUCCCGGUCUGGGCCCCGUUGCUGCUUUUUGUUCCGGUCUUGUUUUGCUGCUCGGCACUCAAACGCACACCUCCGAACUUGGUGUGAGGGCUGAAGGGAAGGGCUUGGCGUGUCGGUGAAGCAAAACGCACCACUGGGCCAGCAUUCUUGUUUUGCACUGCUACUUAGGUGUGAACGUCUGUCUGCGUCAGCGUCCAGCCCCGUAAGCAGGGACUCGCUCUUUGAUAACCGCUCGGCCUUUGCUGCGGGCUCCGCGCAGGGUCUCCUGGUCGGAGGGGCAGAGGUGCCCAGAGCGGGAGCUGCCGAGCACGGAGCUGGCCGGGACGUGGGCACCGCAGCUGUCCUGCUGGGAACAGCAGCCUUGUUGGACAAGGGGGUUGGGUUUCAUUUUCUGCCUCGCGUUUUGGUUUUGCGUUCUACUGAUUGUGUGUUGGUAAAGGAAAUUAGAAAAUAAAACGUGUAUUUUAAUUUAUUUUGUUUUCAGGACUGUAUUGGCAAGGCUGUCUUGUUCUUGAUUAUCCAAUAAAUGGUCUGAAA